CUCGCUAGCAUGGCUCACACGGAUCACACUCUGGCAUCUCCUCCUCGUCCUCUAGUCCCUCUCCUCAUACUGGCGAUUCGAAGCAAUGGAUAAGCAAUUACAACAAUAUGAGCAUCCGAGAGCAAAGUCGGACAGAAUACGAAGGGUACGGACUCGACACAGACUAUGAUACGCCUGAGCAUCUGGAGUCCGUGCAGCAAGCAUACCUGACCUUACAGAGAAAGCUGAAGGAGACCGAACGGGAACUCGAGUAUCAGGCACGUGCCAACGAGCAGGCAAGGGAGGCCAUGAUGAACCAGCAGGAAACCGAGGACCUGAAACGGGACCUAAAGGCGAUGAGGCGAGAAAUCUCAGAGUUCAAGAUGAACGAGCAAUUCAAGUCAUCGCAGAUUGCCGAGCUGACACAACAAAUCGAGCAGAGUGAGAGGAACAAUUCGACACAAAAGAGUACCGCGGCAGCUUUGAAGAAACAGAAAGAAGAAUUGGAAGCAGAGAAUACACGUGUGCGUGAGUCUUUGAAGCAGGUUGAGGAGGCACGGGAUCAACUCAACUUUCGUCUACUAUCAGAUGAGGCUGGCCGACGCAGGAUCAAUGCCGAUCAAGAAGCAAUUGAGGAGCUAAGAGAAAGGCUGGCACAAGAAGUCGUCAAAAGUGAGACGAUGGCACGGCAACUGGAGCUGGCCAAUAACGAGAAACUUCGUCUGACAGAGCUGAACGGAAGUCUGAAGAACGAGGUUGAAAACCUGGGAGGUGGUGCCUCUGGGUCCAACCUGCUUCUCGACAACGAUACGGAAAUGCAGGGCAAAUCCUUGAUGUCUGAGCUCGCUAGUGCGGAUGCCAAAUUUGGGCCAGGGUUUGAAGAUGUGGACAGUGAUUUUGGCAAUGGCAAGCAUCGCUUCGAUACGACCUGUAUGUCCUUUUUGCUUUGCAGAAUUGGUAGUAUACAGCGCAGUCAUAUGAAAAGCAUGACGAGCGUCGCCUAACGGUAUAUCCUUUUUUCCCCUUCUUUGCUACCAAACAGCCUCCGAGCGAGCGCGUCGACUGCUACAGGAGAGCUCAUCACUCAACUUGAAGCUGAAACGAUCGUCUUUACGCGACCUCAGUCAGCGAUUCCGAGAAAGCGGACUUGAGUCGACUCUUAACAAGGAGAUCAAGGACACUUCACAAUAUACCCCGAGCUCGACAGCUAAUCAGGAUGAGGAAGGCAGUAAUCCUACAGCGGUCGUAAUUAAGCACAAGGCGGAUGAUGUGGAUUGUGCAUUGCCGCCGGAGCUACAGACAUUG